CUCUAGGGAUUUAAUGUCUUGUGUGAGAACACGUGUGUACCGCUCUUCCUCUGAGGAGGUUGAGGUGGUCAGGGGCUGCUGGGCGGAGCAGUCCCAGCCAUGUUCCAGCCCCUCGUGCCGGGGGUGUCACUUUUGUACUCUGCAGACGCUAGAGUCAAAGUGGCGCUCCCAGGCCGAAGGCUUCUAGUGGAAAGCAGUUCUACGGACCGUUGUUUUCGCUGGAUAGCCUUCAUCAUAAUGCUUUGAGGGCCAGCUCCCUCUGGGAAAGAGUGGUGUACACCGCAUUACACAGUGCCCAUCUCUCCUCAGUGCCCUCAGGAGAUCGUUCUGCCAACCCUGCCGGUGUUCCAGGGCGCAGCGAUCUCCAGCGAGCGCUUCUCUCAGUUACCGCCCAGAAACGUAGCAGUGCCAAGAGGCUCGCAACCUCCUGAGAGUUUUCCAGAGCAGCUAGUUCGGCCAUCUCCUGCCGGUGCGCCGCUUCAGGGCACCGAGCUAAUUGCUCUGAUGCCACCAGAGAUGAGUCUUGAGAGGCUGAUUCCCUUAGUAGACUAUUUUGCAGCAUGAAAACUACUGCCAAAUGUGUCUCAGUGGGUCCUGCAAACUGUAGUGAGAGGCCACAGAAUCCAGUUCUGGUGGGCCCCAAGCAGGCUUUGGUAAUGGAACAGAAGUAGACUCUCUCUGAGGACGGAGACCAUCGAGGUGGUCCCUCCUUGGGUUGCAGAGUCCGGGUCCUACAGCCGGUACUUCACUGUUCCGAGGAAGGAUGAGGUGUUGUGUCCUUUUCUAGAUCUGUGCUUUUUGAACCUCUCAGUCAGGGGAUUGAAGUUUAGCAAGCCUGCACAGGCCAAGUCCGAGGACUGGUGUGUCACGAUCUAUCAAAUGUUGCACUUAUCUCUAUCCUUCUUCAUCGGAAGUUCCUGAGGUUUGCUUUUGGGGGCAAAAGCCUACCAAUACGGUUCUUCCACUGGCCUUGCACUCUCACCCCACACUUUCAUGACUCAACUACAUUGACGUUUGGUUGAUUUCAGCUCAAUAUGAGCAGAUGACGGUUCGGUACCGAGGUGUCGUUCUCGCUCACAUUAAAGAGCUGGGGUUAAGACUUAACGCCAAGGAAAGUGUGCUUUCUCCAGUUCAGGGAACCACUUAUCUGGGCAUGGUGUGGGAUUCGACCCUGAUGCAGGCACGUAUGUCACCUGCUCGGGUCGAGUCGAUCCUCACUGCAGUCGUGAGAGUGAGAAAAGGCUGGUCACUCACUGUCAAGCAGUCAUGGAGAUUGCUGGGCUAAUGGCAGUAUGGAAUGGAAUACCAAUGGAAUACCAUUGGCCUGUUGUACAUGAGACCCUACAGUGGUGGCUCAAGACCAAGGGGUUCUCCCUGAGGGGAAACCCACUUCACAUACUAAAGGUCAUGCGGCGCUGCCUACGUGCCUUGGAUAUGUGGAGGAAGCCUUGGUUCUUGUCUCAGGGCCCGGUGCUGGGAGCUCCUUGUCUCCGCGGGAUGCUAGCGACAGACACAUCCCUCACCGGCUGGGGUGCAGUCAUGAGUGGCCACCCUGCCCAGCAGUCUGUGGAGUGGUUGCCAUCUGACAUGGCACAUCAACUGCAUGGUGAUUCUGGCCGUGCUUCGUACACUUUGUUAUUUUCUCCCAGACCUAAGAUGUGUUGGUUCGCACCGACAACACGAUGGUGGUCUCUUACAUCAACCACCAAGGAGGUCUGCACUCACGCCGUUUGUACAACUAGCGUACCAGAUCCUUGUGUUGGCCCAGGAUGAAUUCCUCUCACUCAGAGUAGUUCACAUUCCUGGGCAUCUUAAUAUGGGAGCAGACAUCCUGUUGAGGCAGGGGCCGAGGCCCGGGGAAUGGCGGCUUCACACCGAGGUGAUGAAGCAGAGUUGAGGAGGUUGGUCAGACUCGGGUGGAUCUGUUUGCGACUCCAGAGACAUCGCACUGUCCCCUCUGGCUUCCUCUGACUCAUCCAGCUCCACUGGGGCUGGACGCCAUGGUACAGACGUGGCCGAGGCUUCAUCUGUACAUUUUUCCCCUGAUUGCUCUGCUCUCAGGAGUUCUGGAAAGAGUGCGCCAGGACAGAGUCCAGCUGCUGUUAGUAGCCCUGUUCUGGCCGGGCCGGGAAUGGUUGAUCCACUCCACCCUGAAGGUCUACGUGGUGGCCAUGGUGGCCUACCGCGCCCCUCUCGGUGGCCAGUCAGUGAGCAGAAACCCUCUGGUUCAUCUCUUGCUUUAGCUGUGCUCUUCCACACUAUGCAGAGAUUUGAAAGUCUGGCAGCAUGGGCAUUCUCGUUCCCCAAACGUUCUGGACGCAGCUCGAGUUCCUGAAGAGGAACGUCUAAGGUUAAGUAUGUAACCCUGGUUCCUCGAAGGAACGAGACUAAAACUAAAAUGACCAACUAAAAUUAAUUGACUUAUUAUUUCAGCAGAUCAUGUGAAAAUCUGAAUGAGUACUAGUCAGGUAAAAUCCCUAUCACACUAAAAUAGAUUGUAAGAACAGACUGAUGGAGGGAAGAAGCAUUUCAAAUCAUUGUGUUCUUGUUAACAAGGUCGAUGUGAGAGCAUCUGCCGAAGCCGAAGACUUUUGGACAACGGACUGGUGUCAAGAACGGCAGCAAAGAAGCCACUUCUCUCCAAGAAAAAUGUCAAGGACAGACUGAAAUUCUGCAGGAAGUACAAGUACUGGACGGCAGAAGACUGGUGCAAAGUGUUUCUUUGAUGAAGCUCCCUUCCGACUGUUUGGGACAUCUGGAAAAUCAAUUAUUCAGAGAAUAAAAGGUGAACGCUACCGUGAGUCCUGUGAUGUGCCAACAGUGAAGCAUCUUGAGAGCACCAAUGUGUGAGGUUGCUUUUCUGCCCCAAAACACUACCUUGAAUAAAAAAUGGUAUCGAAACAUCCUGCAAGAGCAACUUUUUCCAAUGAUCCAUGAGCAAUUUGAUGAUGAACCAUGCAUUUUCUAGCAUGAUGGAGCACCAUGUCACAAAGCAAGAGUGAUAAAAUAGUGGAAAUUUUGGAUCCGUGACCAGGCCACUCCCCCGAUCUCAAUACCAUAGAGAAGCUGUGGUCAGUUCUCAAAAAGCAAGUGGACAAGCAGAAGUCCACAAAUUGGGAUCAAUACCGAAAACAAAUAAGGCAAGAAAGGAUCCCCAUAAGUCAGGAUUUUGCCCAGAAGCUAAUAUCCAGCAUGGCAGAGUGAAUUGCAGAGGUUAUGAAGAACAAGGCUCAACACUACUAAUGCCUUAGAUGAGUAGACGGUCCUGACUGAUGGCAGUAGCAGAGACAUGGGGGAAAAUCAGCAGUUACAUCAGAUGGGAAAGGAACAGACAAUGGUGCCAUUACAUGGAUUAUGCAAGAUUGUGUGGCACUGUCAGGCAAUAUUUCAGUAUUCUCUCAGGUUAUAAUGAACAGACUUACUCCAUGAGUAUUGAACAAUAAGAUUUCUUCUCUACUGCUGAAUGUACAGAAGUUGCUAUGCGCAAACAACAAACAUUGGACAGGAUAGGUGAGACCAUUCCACAUAUUUAGUGGACUGAUCUUACUGCCACCAAAGAAAGCCAAAUGUCUCUGGGUCAGGAAAGUGAGUUAUCAGAUGAGGGACUCUCAUUGAGGACUGAGUAUAAGGACAAAGUGACCCCAGGUGUGUUUCUUGUUCCACCACAAGAUCAGACGGAAGUUAUAAAGGAUUACAGCAAGCAGAUCUCGCCCAAAAAUGAAUCAGACCAGACGAGUCUUCAUGAAAACCAGACUGUUGAAGAUAAAUUAGCCCAUUUUCAUGAGAACACAAGGAGUCUACCAACAAACAAGCAGCUGAUAUCCGAGAUACAGUCUGAUAACUCUAUGACAGAAGCUUGUGAGGUAACAACCAAAGCUACAAACAUUGAUAACAUCUCAUCCAAUGAUUUACUAGAGAUUAAGGUUCAACGACAAUCUAUUUUAAAUAAAGGUUUUCAUAAUGACGAACUACUCUCACCUGGUGGAGGCAAUCACACAAGCAAGGAGUUGUGUAUUGAGAAUAAAACACAGGUUGUUGAUGUGGCACAUGCAAGAGGGAGUAAACUUAUGAUGGACCUAAAUGCAAAAAAAGAAAAAUUAGAAUAUAAUAAAGACUGCAUUGAAGAUCAUAACACACACAUUUUAUGUAAUGUAAGAGAGGAGAUACUUGAUAUAGGAAGUAACAUGGCCGUGACAAGUUCUUUGGGACAAUAUGAAGAAGACCUGGUAUUAGAUUUAAGCCUACCAAAAAAUAAAGACCGAAAUAAGGAGAUGAAGUGUGAAUGGGUUGUAGACCCUGAAUAUGAAGGUUCACUUCAUAUGGAAGUUGAUGAAAUUGAGGAGGAGCCUCAACAUGUAGAAGUGGAGCAGGAGGAUGAUAAUGAAAUUCGCUGCAUUUCAUCAGCAAGUGACACUCAUACAUAUCUGCCUCAGCAUUGGGAUGGACCUCUUUCCUCCUCUUCGCUUGAAGCUAUGCCAACUACAUCGUAUCCCAACAUCAAAACCCCAGAUCCGAUGGAUACACUACUUAUAGAUGAUCAGGGCAUUCCUUACACACUUACAGCAGAUGGACAGAAAGUUCCACAAAUUGAUAAUAUGCAACAUGCAGAGGACCUCUCUACACAAACAGAUCUAAGCCCAGGACAAGCUGAGGAUAAGCCCUUAUUCACUGCUGAUGUACAGGAUAUUGCAGACUCCAGACUACAAACACUAACCAAUUCACUGUGUCCAAAUAUGUCUAUAGGCCAUGUCUCAGUGGAAACCUCACAAGUUGCCCCAAACCAGGAGCCAAAAUCUUCUUACAGUUCUGUAGCUCUUGAUAAACCCUCCAACAUGCCUGCUAUGUCUGACUUGACAUCAGUUCCCAUUCAGAUUGUGGCUAAUACUACUGGGUCAAACACUCCCAUUCUUCUUCUUCCUCCAUCUCAGCUUCAGUCUCUUUCCUCACAGGCCUCCAAAACUAACCCAGGGCUAAUUACCCUUUCCUUACCACUUCCUCUGAGUCAGAACACUCAGUCCUCCCCCAUGUUCUUAGUUUUGUCAUCUCCUCAGGUGUCCUCAACUCAGAAUUCGUCUUCGCCUGGGCAGUUAUCUCAAAUUUCCUCUUCUUCCACUGUUGCACUUCCCAUAGGAUCUUGUCCACUUGAUUUGGGAUCUACAUUAAGUUCACGUCCGUCACUUCUCAGCCUCAGUACAGUAUCCUCUGCCAUAGCUACAGAGAUCUCAGGACUGAAUAACCCUUCUAAUCUUCCCGUUAGCCCUACCUCAGAUUCCUCUAGCACUUCCACAGUGACCUCUACAAGUCCAACUAAGCAAUUCAGCACUGAUGCCUACUCCGACACAUCAGUGCCCACUUCCUUUCGGGAAGCCCUUCUCAGAUUGGCUGUGUCUGUGGAGAAGAAACAAGAAAACCCGCCUGAGACACAUUUGGUCACUACUCAUUCAUGUUCUGAAGCCACCAAGCCGGAUUCCUCUGCCAUAGUCCAUGAAAGUAAAAAUAAAGAGACAGAGGUAAACUGUGAUGGUGAGACUGAGUCUACCUCGGUAGACCAAACAGACUCAUUAGAUACCACCUCUUCUACGUCACCCAUUCGUCCCGUAUCACCCGGAGUUUUAAUCAGUGACCCAAAGAACCAAGAAUUAGGCCCUCGUCGCAUUCUUUACUGUCAGUACUGUCCGCGGAUCUUUUACUAUCUUUCGGACCUUGAGCGCCAUUCCAUCACACACUCCCAAAGCAAACCCCAUGUAUGUCACCUUUGUGGCAAGGCGUUCAAAAGAUCAAGCCAUCUUGAGCGACACAAACACAUCCAUACAGGUCAGAGAAACUUUGUGUGCCAGCUUUGCCCAAGGCGUUUUCGUGAAUCAGGGGAACUAAUGAGGCACCAGAGAGUACACACCGGUGAGAAACCCUUCCAGUGCUUAAUAUGCCACAUGCGUUUUGCAGAGCGCAACACACUGAGACGUCACACGAAGCGCAAGCACCAAGGCCAGCAGCUGGAGGCGAUAGACAUGAAGGCAAAGCCAGAAAGUGGAGGGAUUUCCCUUGCUGGUAUACAAGGAGAGCCAGAAGAAAAUGCAGAGUGGUACAGUUCAACAGUUCCCGAAAUGGAGUCUGACAGUGACACAGGGGGAGAAUGAGAACUACAUGGAAGGCAUAUUAUUGUCUAUAUUUCAUUCCAUUAACUCUCGAGACCUUUACUGGUGAUGACUGAACUAGGCAAUAUUUAACUUUGGAUUCAUUCUAAUAAGCUUCAGUUAUUGAGUUAGACUCUUGAUGAAAUACAUUUGUUUUGAUUCUUUACUUUGAAUAGCCUUGAAAUACCCUUAUUUGCUUAUUUAUUGUUCUCAUUUCAGUUUUUCGCAUAUGCAGCAUCUUUCUUCAAGGGUGUGAUGUAGUUACUGUAAAAGACUAAGAGGCUCAUUAUUGUUAUUUAUAAUUUUGUAUUAUGAUCUCUUGAAGUCAAGGAUUAUUGCAUCAGUAUAUCUAGGUCCAUUAAUGACUAGGCCCACAAGAAAUUUGCAGCCACAAAAAUCCACAUAAUUGGAACAUACUUAAUUCUCAAAGUUCUACACAUCUUCCUCUCUUUUCAUUGUGAUACUCCACCUGACCUGCAGGGGACAGUAUGGGGUUGUGUCCUCUUUAAACUUUCAAACUUGCAUCAUACAGAUCUUCUGACCUGGCAUAGCCAGUGUUGUCAUUUACACAUUUGUUUGGCAUUCUUCACCAUUUAGUUGUAGAGUUUACAGGAUAGCACAUUGUCUUGUUUUCAUAUGUUCUGUAGAAUUCUCCAGAUUCCCUUCAAAAUGGAGAGGAAAGAAAACUUGCUUGAUAAAAAGGUUUAAAGGUUCAGACACUGAUUAAUUUUGCUGAUUAAUUCUGUUUAUGUAAUUUGCCAUGUAAAUAACAAAACAUUGUGCACGGACUGGACACCUUGGGCUAAUCUAAAGUUCUGUUGGUUAAAUUUCAGAUUUGAUUAAGAAUCGGAAUAUUUGCACACACUAAUUAAAGCUUGUCAAGCCCUUCUGUUUUCCAGUGGUUCUCAUGCUUAAUUAACUUUGCUCUAGGCUCACGGCACAGCACAUAUUCUGCAUGCAGUGGAACUGUUUCCAGCUGCUGAAUGAUAUCACUAAAUUUGGUUUGCACACUUGUUUACAUAUUACUUCAUUCAUAUACAGAUUGGUUUAGUGUUUUUAUUAAGAUCAUUUUACAAUAUAUUUAAAACACAUUAAAAAAUAUUCAGUUCCUUCUUACAAAUUAAUGAUGAAUGCUCAGAAUGUGUUUAACUAACUUAGAAUAAUCUUGCACCAAUGAGAAUUAUUUAUUUAUUGUGGAAAUGUAUAUAUCCGAAAUGGUGUGCUCUGUCGCAGAACACUUAUAUAU